GCAGGGCAGCCAGCCGCUCGCUACAUCUGGGCGCCCGGCCUACCUCCCCUCACGUCGGGCGCUGGACCGGGCUGUUUCGCCCCGCGCCCCGCUCAUGGCAACGUCCCCUCAGAAGUCGCCCUCGGCGCCCAAGUCCCCCACGCCCAAGUCUCCUCCUUCUCGCAAGAAAGAUGACUCCUUCUUGGGCAAACUCGGAGGCACUUUGGCCAGGAGGAAAAAAGCCAAGGAAGUGUCUGAGCUUCAGGAAGAAGGAAUGAAUGCCAUUAACUUACCUCUCAGUCCAAUUCCAUUUGAGAUAGACCCUGAGGACACUAUGCUAGAGGAAAAUGAGGUCCGAACAAUGGUGGAUCCAAAUUCAAGAAAUGACCCCAAAUUACAAGAGCUAACAAAGGUAUUAAUUGACUGGAUUAAUGAUGUACUGGUAGGAGAAAGGAUCAUUGUGAAAGAUCUGGCUGAGGACCUGUAUGAUGGACAAGUAUUACAGAAAUUAUUUGAGAAACUUGAGAGUGAGAAACUGAAUGUUGCUGAAGUCACACAGUCUGAAAUUGCUCAGAAGCAAAAGCUACAGACAGUGCUUGAAAAGAUCAAUGAAACGCUUAAACUUCCUCCAAGGAACAUCAAGUGGAAUGUUGACUCUGUUCAUGCAAAGAGUCUUGUAGCAAUACUUCAUCUUUUGGUUGCAUUAUCACAAUAUUUUCGGGCACCAAUCAGACUUCCAGAUCAUGUGUCUAUUCAAGUCGUCGUUGUCCAGAAACGAGAAGGAAUCCUCCAGUCCCGACAAAUCCAAGAGGAAAUAACUGGUAACACUGAGGCAUUUUCAGGAAGGCAUGAACGGGAUGCUUUUGACACGUUAUUUGACCAUGCUCCAGACAAGCUCAAUGUUGUGAAAAAGACUCUCAUCACUUUUGUCAACAAGCACCUGAAUAAGUUAAAUUUGGAAGUUACAGAACUGGAAACACAGUUUGCAGACGGUGUGUACCUCGUGCUUCUAAUGGGUCUCCUGGAAGGCUAUUUCGUACCUCUGCACAGCUUUUUCUUGACUCCUGAUAGUUUUGAACAAAAGGUCCUUAAUGUGUCCUUCUCAUUUGAGCUUAUGCAGGAUGGAGGGUUGGAAAAACCAAAACCAAGGCCAGAAGAUAUUGUAAAUUGUGACUUGAAGUCCACACUGAGAGUGCUGUACAAUUUAUUUACCAAAUACAGGAAUGUGGAAUGAGGAAUUGAUUUGGGACCUAUCAAUAUCUAUCAAUGAAGCAACCUGUUCUGACAGUCACAUUCGUCACCAUCAUUCCUUUGCAUCAUUCGUAUUUUUCAAGGAGCUGAAUCAUUUCACAGGAGUUCUCUUUUUGAACUGAUGGUUUUAAAAUAUUUACGAUACACUAUAUUUAAAAUGAGAGCUAUGUAAAAUUAACUAAAGUUGUGAAACAAAAAAUUUGAAGAAAACAAUUUAGGUACCUCCUGAGAAAAUCCGUAUGUCAGUAAAAUCCCCCUAUUCCCACUGCGCUAAAAUACUCAAAACAACAACAUAAAUACGUGAUAACUUUAAUAAGAUUGGAAUUUUGAAUCAAUUUUAGGACAUUUUCUUCAGCUGUGUGUUAAUUUCACAAAUAUGUACAAAUAUUUUUCUAGUUGGAGGGAAGAUUGUAUUGCUAUAAUGUUCACUACAGUAUGUAUUGGGCACUGUACUAACAGUGUGCCUGUAAAGAUAUAGGAAGUGAUGACUCAUAGUGGAGCUAAGAUGAUGGGUUCUUCCUAAAGUACAAACUGACAUAGUUACCUAUUCCUUCAGACUUGUAAUAAUGAGAUGUUCUGAUUUAAAUAUACAUGAUAAAAGCACUCAGAAUAGCUUGUUCAUUUAAUUUUGUGCGUAAAAAGACCUUUAGUUCCAAGUAAAAAUUUCACUAGAACGUACCUUAAUAAUACAGCCCCUUCCUAAAUGUAGGAUCUUUAGCCCUACCCUCCAAAGUAAAAGUAGAAAACAGAAAUAAAGGGAAAUAACAAAUACUCACUUUCUACUAAGAGAAUCACUGUUCUCUCAUUAGAAAACAAGCAUGCAGUUCAAGCUUUUUCUCUUAGAGCAAAAAUGGCCGCUCUAGGAGAAAGAUAACUCAGGAAGAACCAGAGUUAACUCACUCCCAGGAGAGUUUCUCCCAGGAGACUGAAUGUCUGUACUACCAGGGAUCGCAGGGGUAAAAAGAGUAUCUCUCCUCACCCCAGCCAUCCCUAAAGGUGAUUGCUGCCUCUCUUUGGCAGCUGCUGCUUUUUAGCAACUGCUAGCUGAUCACUGAAAGCCUACUUCCUUCCCCAACAGGGGAGAGGGCAGGUAGUCCAUGAUCAGACUCUCCUGGGGGCAAGGAGCAGUCCUCCCUCUCCCAGCAUCCUCCAGCUGGACAGCUUGCCUUUGAGGCAACUUUGUCACUGUCCACUUAGAUGUCUGGAAGUAUAGCACUAUACACCCCCAGUAGUGCUAUACUUUUGUAAUGUUGCAAAGUUCUGAAGCACCUGACAGCACUACAAAUGAAUGCUUGUCCAUAUUCUUUGUCAGCUUUUGCACGUAAUAGAAGUGGAAUAGGAUCUGGUCCUUUGCCUUUACCUUAGAAAAAAUAUAUAUAAAUGUAAUACAUGAUACAACUAAUAACCUGUUUCACUCUAUAGCCUAUUUUAUACAUUAAGACAUAACUGCUAGUUUAGAUUAAUUACAAAGAAUUAGUCAUGUUCUGCCCCCUUGGCUACUUCAUGAUUGAUUUGUCUUGCUGAUGGCGUAUAAAACAUACAAAUAAGACUGAUAUUUUCCACAAACAUCCCUACUCCUUUAAAAUCCCAAACAUUGUUCUUAGAUUUGGACCUGCUGAAAUUCUUUUUGAAGGGAAAUUUCCACGGAUAUGCAAAAGAACGUUCCAUUUCUAAACUGUAAUGUUUUUACAUUUUCAGUUGCAAUAUCAAUGAAGAAAGGAAAAUGAAACUGGAACAAAAUUCUCUUCUCCUCCCAAUCUCAGGCUCCAGGCACAUAGGGUGUUUUUACAUGUGCUCUGGGAGUAGGGGGCUCUGAGAGCCACACUAAUUAAAGCGCCCAGAGCACCUCAUGUGUCAGCGUCCCUGCACUUAAAAAUGGUGGCGAGAGCACUUUAUCUAAAGCUCAUCAAAUGAGCUUCAGAUAAAACGCCCCUGCCAUCAUUUAUAAUCAUGGGGACACUGAUGCAUGAGAUGCGGGGGGCUGCUGAAGUGUAGUAAUUGCCACAUUCCAGCAGACUUGAUUAAUCAAAUCUGCUUCAACGCACUGUAAUUACAGUGCAUUGGAGCAGCCUCCUGGCUCAUGUAUAGAUACCCAUAGACAUUGCCAUCCAUGUUGGCAAUUUCACUGUAUUGGUAUAAAUCAGGAACAAGUCCACUGAAGUCUGGUUACCAAAAGGAGUUGUGAGUUAAGUAUCAUUUUAAAUUUUAUGAUAAGUUUUCUUCCGAAGAAAAUGUGGUAAGUUAACCACAAGUUAUUUGGUUCAGCAGCGUUUACAUAUAUUCAGGGAAGGACUGACUUUGGGGAAAACUGUGUUAUACAGAAAAUCAUGCUAAAUGGUCUUAGUGAUCUAUUCUGGCCUUAAGAAGCCUGAUGUAUACCACUGUAAAAUUGGUAGAGGUGAAAAAAUAAUCUUGCCUAUGUUCUGUUUAUCUGAAGGAAUGCAAUGCUAAUAAGCAAUAUAAGUAACAGCUUUAUUUUACUUAUUAUACAAAACAUAAAAUAUUUUAUUUUGUAGUUUUUUUCUGUCUACAGUUUUUCCAGUGAAAUCAUUAGUGUUAAAUCAAGCCAAGAAAUUAUGUGAUUAUUAUCUUUGAUGGAUAAUAAGUGAUGUUAAAUAAUGAGAAGAUAUUGACUUCUGGAGAGGUGGUUAUAAAGAUUCUUUAUUCUGAAGGUAAAUAUCGACUGAGGCAAAGAAAAGGUCAGUAUUUAGUUCAGAGGGCAAUAAACUAGGAUGUUCCCUGAACUAAAGAGUCAGUACAGUUAUAUACAUUCCAAAUAUCUUCAUUAGAAAUAUCUAGAUAUUCCUACAUUUUGGGUAAUGACUUUUAAACACACAGCAAUUUUUACUUUGCGCCAAAAUCCCUAAAGCUUCUGAAAUUAGAAAUUCAGAAAAGAAUAUUUAUUUGCUUUUUUUAAGGACAUGGACAGAUGAAGCAGUAAUAUAGCCACCAUUUCAUACUGGUUUAAACCAGCCCUGUUUAGGGGCACACAAGAGUUACAGUGGAUCAGCUGACAUGCACCUGCAGGUGUUGUACUCUCUUCCCUGCUCCCUUUUAUAUUGUAGAGUUUCAUCUGUCCACCGUCUGAGAUGGAAAUAAUGAGACUUGUUGCCCCCAAUCACAAUACACACAUUUGUACAUAUGAUCAGAUCUUUUUCCAUUGUUCCACAUCUCAGUGGGUGCGUCAACAUGUGCAACUGAAUAAACUUCAGUGCAAUUUAAGCUGGAGUAAACUAAUCCUGAUGUCACCGUCUACACGUGCAUUUAAGCACAGUAAUUUACUCCACCGUCAGAUAAUACCUUUGUCUGACAGGACUGUCCUGUGCUGGACUAAAUUAAUUUACUGCACCCUUGUUGCAGCAUAUGUAUAGAUUAGUCUACUGCACAGUAAAGCACAUAUGUAGAUGCACCCAGCUUUAAUUACCUCUUAGGAAGCUAAAAAUAAAAAUACAUAGUUUAUCAGUCAAUCAUGAUAUAUAGUAUAUGCAUGCAUCAGCAGUAAUUUCCAUGUAUUUUAAUAUUUUGCCAGAAAGUUUCAGAUUUCCCUCCAUCAGUGACUUGACAUGUCAUUUGUCCAUUUGCAGUCCUAUAUGCUAGUAACAGUCAGAAUGCUAGGACCAUUUUUUUUCUACAAAUCUUAGUUAGAAAGAUCGUUCAAUCUGACAUAUUUUGAACAUCCCGUAUAAGCAAAGUGGAUAUAUUUUCAUUGUCCUUAUUGUCAUAGCAGUCCUUUCUUUCAGGAAGAGAGUUCUCUAUAUAUGCAUAGAUAAAAGGUUAGAAAUAGCAAGACUAAUUGUUUGCCUCCAGUUGCGCAUUUGUCUAAAUUCUUUUCAUAUGCUGCUCUGGUCAUGACAUAAUUAGCUUUUGUGUGUAUCAGUUAAUUCUAUCUUUAAAAAAAAAUCAAUGCACAGAAUUGUUAAAUACCUACAGUACUGUAAUUGUCUGACCCUUGGUACCAUAAAAUCUCACUGUUUUGCAAACCUAAUCUAAACUGUUACAUGAACAUCUGUUUUACAGCAAAAACUUCAUGUAAACGAAAAGCUUCUCCUAUGGAUAUGAGAAUGCAGGGUAAACGUAGAAUAGUAUGUUAUUUUUAAACACAAACACAUUUUACAUACUGACCUAUAAGAGUGGAUCACUGCUUAUAUUUCUGAUAGUAGAGAUUUAAAUAGGCUAUAAAAGGAUUACAAAAUCUAAUAUACAAAUUAUAUAUAAUAUUUAUUACUUUGAUAUAGGAAAAUAUAGAAAAAAGUAAUAUUCUUCUAGUUAGUUGGUUUUUUUCACUUAACAUUGGACCUGCACCUUCCUUAUGUGAAAGUAAGUGUUAAUCUACCUAUUCUGUCAUCAAUUACAGUGAUGUUAUUUCUGACUUAAAAAAGUGCAACUGAACACAGUAUUUGACCCAUAGUUCAUAUAAGUGGCAUAGAGGUAGUUUAAGCUUUAAGCCAAUUGUAGCUUUAAUUAUAAUUAUUUUUAAAUGAUGAAAGUUUCUAGGUUAGUGAUAGUAUUUUAAAAAGGACAGUAUCUUGAGAGCGCAUUGACAUUCUAUGGGCUUAUUGUGAUAUGAGGGCCAACAGGCUUUUCAGCCCACAGAAGGCUGACAGAAAGUUAGCCUGCCAUGAAGGACCAAAAGACCAGAGCAUUCUCUGUCAUGAGGUAGGUGAUAGGUUGUACUUCAUUGGAGAGAAAGAUAUGUGAAUAUCCAGUAUAUCAUGUAUCAGUUAUAGGCCUGUUUUCAGGUAUUCUUGACCUCCUAUCAAAACGUUAUCUUCACUUGAAACCUCUAAUUGUGCCAUGCAGCCCAGGAUAGAGUAGUGCCUUGAAUAAUACUUGUAGCCUUUUUUGCCACAUUCUUGAGUGGUGUAUAUCAUUUUACCGUGAGAACUUUUACUGGGUUUUUAAAGUCAGUGUAAAAAUAAGUCACAGAUUAAAUUCUUCAUACAAAAUGAAAUUAGAUUAGAAUAUUUUUUUAAUGUGGUCACAUGCAAAAUAGACUAUUUUAAGCAGAUAAUGGAGCCAAAGUAUACAUGCCUCAGCAUCGCAAACUUUCUACCUUCCAAAGAAAUAUGAGUCAUUUAACAUCUAUUAGGACUAAAUUCUUUGCAUUUGGGUUUAUAUUUGUACUUUUACCCAUUACCCAGUAAGAAAGAGUUUAUUUAAUGUCUAAUAGUUUUAUAACUAUAUGUUCUGCAGUAUUAUUAGUGCCAUUUCAUUAUUUGAUUUUAAAGUUCAAGAUUAACUUCGUUACAUGUGCAACAAAGUCAAAAACAUUUCAGUACUUGUUAUAGGAAGUAUAUAUCUCAUAGUAUUGGUUUAUCUAAAUUCACAUGUAUGACUUCAGCUGCAGGUUUAGUUGCUUUUAUAAAGUUGUAUUUUAUAUACCCUAUACAUAAAAGAGACACUACUGUAUCAAUAUUUCCUGUGCUUUUUCUGGAAGCUGUGUUAUUAUCCACAAUAAAAUUGCACCUGAAAAUCAGAA